UGGAAAUUAACUUUUUCUAUAAAAAAUAUUAAUUUUUUACUCAUUUAUUUAUUUAUUAUUUAUAAUUAAAACAAAAAUACUGUAUAAAAUUAUAGCAUAGAUUUUUUUGAAUACUUCUUAAUCAAGAUGAGCUGCUGCAAAAUUUGCUUAUUUGAAUGGGACGUUGAAAGGACCAUUCCUAGAGUACUACUAUGUGGACAUACAUUCUGCGAGGAGUGUAUAAAAAACUAGGUUUAAACAAAUUUAGUUUUUGUUUGCACUCAAUGUUAAGUUCAGUAUAAUUAUUAAAAUGUAAGAGAUGCACCUAUUAACAGGACUCUGCUUGAAUAUGCCGAAGAAAUAAAAUAAAAAUAAAUAUAUUUAUCAGAAAAAUAGUCAUAAUUAGUUGAUAUCACUAACAAUAAAAGCAAUUAAGGAUAAGGAAUGGGAGAUUUAAUAAAAUAGUAACUUUAAUAUGAAAGUAUGAAAAAAGAUCAUUCAAAUAAUUUGAUGGAAGAUAUUAAUGAAAACUCAAAUAAUUUCAAUUAAUAAAUGUAAUACGCUAAAGCAGAUGAUAUUUGCAUGUUUGAAGAUUGUAAUAACACAAGAGUUUACAAGUAUGGCAAAAAAUAGGUGUUCUGCGAGAAGUGCUUGAGUAAAUGCAGUGCUAACAUUUUUAAUUAAAAUCAAAGCAAUGAUAACAACUCUAAUUCUAUGAUGACAGCUUAUAACGUAUCUCCUUUUGUGUACUAUUAACAAACAACACCUUCAACAAAUUUGUUUUCUACACCUAAUAAAAAUAAUUAAAAUACUACUCUAUAACUACUGAAUUAACAAGGCUUUUCUUCUAAUUAAUAGUCUUAAGUAUAGUAAUAAAUCCUCAAUCCUCAGACUUAGUAAAGUAUUCACUUCUCCUCUCCGCCUCCCAACAAUUAAAGCUAUCAUAGAGUGUUAUUCUAAACUCCUUAAUACAGUUCUAGCAGUAUGAAUUAAUCAUAAUAAAUGAAUUAGUCUUAUAAAGUAAACUAAUUUAAUUCUGCAAGUGACUUUAAAAGCAACCCAUUAAAAACAUAAUUAUAAUUUUGA